GCGAGUUUGAAUGGUGUAGUCCGUUGCUAUGGAGACGUGUAACACAGACGAGGGGCUCAACAAGGACGUUCACUGAUUCCAGCGCGAGGACAAAAACUCGCGCGCACGAUCUGCGCUUCAGAAUCACUGCGUUUGGAAGAAGAGUGAUUGCAGUGUGGUGGAGAUCAAUCCUCAAAUAGUCAAUACAUGUUCAUCAGGGGAGACUGAAACCCUGCUGCAUCUGCAAGUUCCUCAAACAAACUACAAUGAUCUCAGUAUGGAAUGGAAGAGCGGACCACCUGAGAAAAUUAACAAUUCCUCAAAGGAUAUUUGCCUGUUGGGCUCCAGAGAUGAUCAAACUGAAGACUUAAUGAGAGUGCAGAAGCACAGGAAUCAUAUUGAUGAAUAUAUGAACACAGAAAAGUGGCUGGAGACAUGCAGUCUGGAGAGCUGUGGACUCUCUCUCUCUCACCUUCUCUCUCUCUGCACUACUACUCUUAUGCCUGAGAGAGGAGAUGGAGUGUGCAAACAGAUGCGCAUCAGCACUGAGUCACUCAAAGACUUUGAGGAACAGCUUUACAUAGCCAUUGAGAUGUACCAUGAUCAAAUAAAGUGGCUCACUCAAGGAAGCAAGAAGGUGUUUGGAGUGUUAAAUGGAUCCCGAGUUGGAGUUCUUGUUGACACGUCUGAUUAUAACUGCUCUGAAGAGAGGCUACCAGAUCUACAGCAAGAUCUCCUAACUCUCAUUGAAGAGCAACUAAGCUUAAAGAAUCAACUGCAUCUACUAUCCUACGGCACAGAAGUUACCAGUCUUUGGGAAGAGCCAGCAUAUACCUGCCCACUAAGGCUCACAGAGAGUCAGGCGUGGGUUAUGAAGCUGCAGGCGAGUGGAGGCUGUGACCUCCUGCAGGCAGUGCAGAGGGUGAUGACCCACACACAGUUGGACACACUACUCAUCAUCUUGGGCUCCUGCCCUGAUCAGACAGUAGACGUUAUAUGUGAUUAUUUAGCUCAGAGAAGAAUGCCAUCUGUUCAUGCGGUCUCCUACAACUGCAGCAGUCCAGUCGCCAUUGAGACUGUGAAGCGAAUGGCAGCAGUUACCAGCGGGAAACAUCACUUGUUUUCUGCUGCUCUGGGUGUAGUAGACAAUAGUACAGAUGUGGAGCUGCUCUGGGUGGAGAUUAAAGCAGCGCGGGAUGUUCUUGCCCAAAUUCAGAGCAUGCGUCAGGGUCAACUCGGAGACAGAGCUGUCACUGAGAUCUCUGCAGGUUUGGACAGUGUCACUGUUUCUGACCCCACUGCUGUAACAUGUGUUCUCGGUGCACCAUUGUACAUCCAGUCCACAGGCCCAGCAGCCACCAGCUCCAGUGAAUGGCUGAAGAGCCACGGCCUGAAGGCUCAGAAGCUGGACUUGUAUCAGUUGCUGGCUCGUAAUGCCUAUUCUCCACAAGAGAUGUUUGUGCCAAUCCUGGGAAAGACUGUUUCCUCUACAGUCAAUGAGGUGAUGUACUUGUCCUGCUUCGCUGAUGAAUCCUGGUUUGAGUCCCAUCCAUUCACUUCACUGCAGUCUUACAGAGCUAACUCAAUAAGCUGUUUUUGUCCACAGCGGGCCAUGGUGCAGUUUGAGUGGCAUGAUGGAACGGUGAAGAAUUUGCAUGUGGAUCUUCCAUCACUGGAAAAGUACCAGAGGCGGCUCAUGGGUGCUGUGCGUCUGUGUGAAAGGAGAGUUCAGUGGCUGAACAGGACCGGCAGUAGGCAGAUAUGGGGAACCGUGUGUGAGCAGAGGGUGCAGAUUCUUGUGGAUAUGUCUGGGAUGAAUGCCCACUACCAGCUCCACAUCCAGCAUGCCCUCCGACUAUUGCUGCAAGAGCAACUGGUUAAUAAACUUAGCUUCAAUGUCAUUGUUUUUGGAACAGAUGUGCAGUCAUGGCAACAGAAGAUGGUUCCCCCCACUCAUAAAAACUUGCAAGCUGUUUGGCAGUGGAUUCUGGGAAUGGAGUGUGUCGGGGGUGGUAAUACUCUGGCUGCUCUACGGCGUGCUCUAGAGGAGGAACCAUGUGAAGAAUCAUUGCUGACUCAUGGAGUAUACCUCCUCACCACCGGCUUGCCUGAUAAUGAGAUGGUUUCCGUCACUGCCUAUGUGUCUGAGUGCUGCAGCAAAGUAAAUCUCCAUGUAUGCCUGUUCACUGGAGAGGACAUUCAGAGCUGCCCUUCGUCCUGUUACGCCAACCUUGCUGACACCGCCCGGGCCCUGCGUGAACUGGCACAUGCAGGCAAUGGACGAUUUCUUUGGAUGACUGAAAUGGGCAUUGUGGAGAGUGAUGACAUCACUGUUCUUAUUGGAGAAAUGGAGAUGGCCGCUAAUUAUUUUCAGAAGUGCUCCGACUUAGUGGACUCUCUGAUUCAGAAGGGAUCCAGCAGAAGUUCAGGAGAAAGUCUGUUUCAGGAGAUGAGUACCUCAACCAUCCAACCCCAGUCCCACAGAGCAAAACUGUCUCCUCCAAGACCCACAGCACUCAGUCGUGCUAGACUGGUAAGCAAGCAGAAGAACAGGUCCGCAGAGAGCAGCCUGGCUUGGAGGCCGAGCAGCUCUAAAGCAGAUAUCCCACCAGUCCAAUCAGCUGAUAUCAACAGACCAACAUGUUCAUCAAAGUCUGCCGAUCAGAGAACCAAAUCAUCAGAGUCUGUCUUCUACAUGGAAGAUGGCUGCUUAGGUGUUGUCUUCAAGAAAUAUCCCAAACCAAAGAGUGUGCGCAAGUCGAUAACUACUGUUAAACUGCCGAAACAUGAGGACCUCUGUUCAACAAAGCAUUGGCUGAGAAGGUUUGGUUUGAAGAAUCUGAAGUUGGACCUUCAUAAACUGCUGUCUGGACCCGAAUGCUCCCAUCACAACACACUGGUGCCAUCUGUCAACAAAAGAGUGUCUGCUAAAUACUGUGCCAUAUUCCCCAGUGUCCACAUCAAUGGGAAUGUGAAACACUUGCAUGUGACUCCUGGUGAGUUGAAGCAGUACCUGAAUCAGACUGAGAAACUGAUGCAGCGUUACAGCCAGAGGAUGGAGUGGUUACUGACAGGUAGCAGGCAUAUGUUUGGCUCAGUGCUGGAGAAAGCAGUCUGUAUUCUGUUGGAUGUGUCUGGAUCUAUGACCGCCUAUCUUCCUGAAUUCCAGACAGGACUGGCUUCACUGAUCUGGGACCAGCUGCAUGCCAACAACGUCAGGUUUAAUGUGUUGGCGUUCUCUGGAGAGGUGAGGAUGUGGCAGACAGCACUGGUUCAGUCCAGUGAGGAUCUGUGUAAGGAUGCAGUGCAGUGGUUGAAUCAGCUCAGCACACAUGGAGGUUCAUCCACUCUACAAGCACUGCAGGCAGGUUGUAGUUUUGAAGAUGCUGAGGGUCUGUAUCUGAUCAGUGAUGGCAAGUCUGACUCCAGCCACAGUCUGAUACUGAGAGAAAUAGACACACUGAGACAAGAGAAAGACUUCACCAUUCACACCAUCACACUCAACUGCCACGACAGAGCAGGCAGUGAGUUUCUGAAGUGUCUGGCCCAUAAAACGGGCGGUCGAUUCCAUCAGGCUCCUGACAGUACAGAUAUUGCUGUUGUCAGAAAACUCCUUUCAGAUCUCUGCAGUACAGAUCAAGUGCUUCCAACAUUUGAGGGGGAUGAUAUGAAGAGACUAGCAAAAGAGAUUGAGAAGCUGAGAUUCUUCCAGAAACAAGCCAAAACGUUCAGGGAAACUGUUUUGGAGUGGAAGAAUCUGGAGUGAGCAUAGACACGGAUCUCCAACACUGUUCAAAUAAUUACACCCCUAGUCAAAUCCAGACCUGUGUUCAUUUCUUAGAAUUGAUUAAUAGCAGUUUCACUGGGCUACAAACAGUGGUUUGAUCAUUUUAUGUUACCUUUUUUAUGUUUUGUGAAUUGUACUGUUUCAGUUUAAAUUUGGAUGAAAAGCCAUUCAAUUGUAUAUAAUAUGUCUGAAAUACAAACAUGUGGAAAAUGCCCCCCCACCUUACUUUAAACAGGAUU